AAAAAUGGUGUCGAGAACUGUUAAAGUGAGUGGUGGUGUGUUUGUAGUAGUUGUUAUUAUAGUUGUAGUAGGAGUGUUGACAUGGGCUUUAAUAGACCAUGAUCAUGGGAUAAAAGAGAAAAUUUAUUCUGUUGAAAAACUGGUGCCCAGUUCAUCAUUGCAUGAUACUGUUCCUGUUUUUACCAAAAUACACGGGGUUGGAAACAUGUUCUGGUGGUUCCAUCACACUCGAGCGCUUGGUUUCACACAUGAUCAUCCCGUAAUAUUGUGGUUGGACGGUGUAACUGGCAUACCCCCCAGCUUAUUGGCCAACUUUGGAAUGUUUGGCAUGUACGACAUCAAUUUGGAACGAAGACCAGAUUCCUGGAUAAAUCGAUACAAUUUACUUUUCAUUGAUGCACCUUUGGGGAGAGGAUUCAGUCAUCCUUUAAGUAUUGAUAAAAUUCCAAACAAUAUUGAUGAAGCUGCUGAACAUUUAGUAAUAACUUUGGAAUCAUUCUACGAGGUUAUGAUACAUUUUAAAAAUACUCCUAUAUACGUUUUCGGUGAAGGGCAUGGUGCACAACUGGCCCUGGCACUUGUUCAAAAACUUCACCAAAAUGGUGAUCUGGGUAUGGUUAAGGGUGUAAUCUUAGGAAAUGGUUUAGUAGCUCCAGCACAAACCCUAUCGAAACUUGGGUUCUAUCUUGAGGAACUUGCCUAUAUCGAUGGCAAUGGACGCCAAGCAAUAGAAAAUUUAACCAAUAUGAUAUCGACAGCGGAAAUAACAGGAAGACCUGAUCUCGCUUUUGAGCUAUUUCAAACUUUAGGCCACGCUGUUAACGAAGAAGCUGGUGCCGUGGCUGUUAAUCUUGGUCACAUUGUUCAGAAAUUAACUAAACAAUCUCCUGAUGGGGCUCAAGAUUACUUUGGACAAUGGGAAUAUCUACAAAGUAUUGACAAAAAGCUGAAUACUAAUACUAUGAACAUAAUCAUUCGUCCAAUGUUGGGGGUAUCUACUACCAUAUUUUACGAUGUGCAUCGACAACACGUUGUAAAUGCUUUCAGAAACACUUUAAUGGUACCGGCGGUUGAUAGAGUUGAAUACAUUCUGAAUAACACAGACAUUCCUGUGACUAUUUAUAAUGGUAAUUUGGACGCGGUAUCCAACACACCAGGACAAUUAGAAUGGGUGAACAACCUCAAUUGGUUAGGACAAUCAGCGUUCUUAGAAAGUCCAAGGCUUCCUAUAUUUGUGAAUGGCUUACUUGAAGGCCAUUUUAGGAACUCCACGGGACUUCAAUUCUAUUGGGUGAACGUAGCUGGACAAUCGGCACCGCUGGAUAAUCCCGUUGCAAUGGAUACUAUUCUACGAGGGAUUAUAAAAGAUUAGUUCAACGCUUCAGAUGCUUAUCUAUAAUAUUGUAAAGUGAUAUUGAAGUCGCAUUUUAAUAUCUAAUUACCUUGUCUAAACUGUGAGGGCGUAC